AGUGGGUGUGGUAUGAGCGUGAGUGUUUUGAGUGGUGUGUCUUAGGAUACUCACUGUUCAGCUAGCUCCCUACUGAGAGCGGUGGAGGAGAGCGUGUUCAGACUGUGGCGGAAAGUGUGGGAGAUUUUCGAGUCGGAAACACACAGAGGAUGCGACAAACUUCGAGCAGAGGAUUCAACACUGUACGGAGCACAAUUCAAAGCCUGACUACUCUGUUUGCGCUGCUGAUUGCGGUCAUAGUGCUGGGUGUCAAAUUCAAGAACCUGAAAUCAGAAAACAAUCAGUUACAAACCAGCCUCAAGAAUCGGACAAGCGAGAGAGACCAGUUACAGACCGGUUACAUCAAUCUGACUAGAGAAAUGGACAAAUUACAGAUGACCUACAACAACCUGAUAAACCAAAGUGACCAAUUACAGAAGAAGUUGGAAGUGAUUGAUACGUAUACCAAACUCGGAUGGAGUUACUUCAACUCUAGUAUUUACUACUUCUCUACUGGGAUGGAGAACUGGGCCGAUAGCAGACAGGAUUGUAAAAACAGAGGGGCAGACCUGGUGAUCAUAAACAGCACAGAGGAAGAGGAGUUCAUCUCUUUACACCUGGACAUUAGACAUGCUUGGAUUGGUCUGAGUGACAGAGAGACGGAGGGGGUGUGGAAAUGGGUUGACGGUACAAAUCUGACAACUGGGUUCUGGAUUGCGGGAGAGCCUAAUAACUUGUAUGGGGAUGAGGACUGCGUCGAGAUAUUGGGUGCUUUGAAAAUUAAAAUCUGGAACGAUGCGCAAUGUUCAACUAAGUUCUAUUGGACGUGUGAGAAAAAUGUGUUAUAGUGGUAAGGUUUGUUGAGACUAUUUAAAAGGUGCUCACAAACUAAAGGUGCUGAAAGUAUUUAGCAGUUAAAGCAUCCUGUAGCUCUCUUUACAUACAACUCGUAGCUGUUUCCUAUCUGCUUGUCUCAAAUGCUGACCAACUGCUUAGUAUGGUACUGUUUUUCUCAUCAUAAUCAGAUAGACAGAUAAAUAAAUGCAUAAAUAAAUACAUAAAUAUGUUGUCAGUUAAGGACUAUUUCUACUGAUUUCUGUCAUAAAUAUUCAAUUAAUACUUUUUUCAUGUUGACAUCCAUUUCACUCCAGCAGUUUCUAUAAAGGAAAUGUCCCGGUUUUGUUUUGAAGACUGAUUUUUCUUCAUUUUAGUCAUUGUCAUCUAUUUUCCUCACAGCUCAUCGGAUGCUUUGUAUCUUGGUUUAUCCUUCAAUAAAAACCAUGUUUAGCACA